AUGUUUCGGCGCGGUUUAUCAGACGCAGAAAUUGCGGAUUUGAUCAAUCAUAGCGACACUCUGGAUAAUGUAGAGAGUGAUUCAGACGAUUCUGAAUGCAAUGGUGUGUUUGAAGAAGACGAGAUUGAUGACAGUUUGUCUUCAGAUGAAGACGAGAAUGAUGUUGAAGGUGUUGCUUCAAAUCCAGCAGCUGUGCCGUAUCCGAAAGACAGUGAGUGGACUGCAGUUGACACCUACCGACCUCUGCCUGUCAACACGACACCCAGGCAGAUACUAGUGGAUAUUGAUGAGUCGAGUUCUGUACUGGAUUGCAGUAAAGUGUUCCUUACUGACAGUGACGUAAAUGAACUCAAGAGACAGACAAAUUUGUAUGCAUCACAGACAAUACAGAAGAAAAGAAGAGGAAAUAAUCUGAAGCCCCAUUCAGUUUUGAGUUCGUGGAAGCCAGUGACUAUAAGUGAGAUGAGGCGUUUCUUGGGUAUUAUUUUCCACAUGUGUGUUUCGAAAAAGCCCAAAAUUGCGGACCAUUGGAGCACUAAUCCUGUUCUUAGUUGUAACUUUUGUCCCCAUGUCAUGAGCCGUUUGCGUUUCACUCAGAUACUGUCAUGCUUGCAUCUUGUUGACAAUUCAAAUCAGAAAAAACCAGGCGAAGAUGGAUUUCAUCCACUUUACAAAGUUUUGCCAUAUUAUAAUAAUUUGAAGGAGCGAUGUAUCCAGGCAUAUCGUCCCUCAGAAAAAGUGACAAUUGAUGAAGGAAUUUGCCCAUUUCGAGGUCGUGUGAGUUUCCGUGUUUACAUGCAAAAUAAGCCUCAUAAGUAUGGACUGAAAGUAUAUGCUGUUGCUGAAGCCAGUAGUGGCUAUGUUGUAAAUUUUGAAGUUUAUGCUGACGUGUGCUCAAGAGCGCGUAAAGAGAACGUGUGGGGGACGCGGGAGCGUCAUCCGCCGGCGGCGCCCUGCCGCUGGCUGCCGUCACACACUGCCCACGGAACACCGGCGCGAGAGGCGGCGCGCAUGCGCGGUUGCAGCUGUGGCCGAGUCGCGUGGCGCCGCGCCGCUCGGCAGUCCGACGCCGGCAGCCGACGCCGACGCCAGCAGCAGAGGGCGCGGUAG